AUGAUACAAUUGACCAAUGCUCCUAUUUUAUAUCAAGGAAGAUACUUACCGUUCAUUCCAUCACAAUUUGUCACAGAAACUAUUAAUUUUUUUUCAGAUCGGCAGAAAAUUAGUGAAUUGUUAGACCUAAUUUGCAGUCCACUUAAGCCAAACGACACAUUAACUGAUAGGAGGGAGUACCAGCGACACUUCGAGGCAUAUCAGUAUAUUAGACAAUUAUAUAGAAAGAAAUUUGACCAGCAUGAAUUUAAUGCCGCUAAUUGUAUGUGGAAGGCUUUGAGAAGUCUCCCCGCUAGUUUAUAUCAGGAGGCGGCACAGUCUGAAACGGAAUUUAUGCCUAAAGAAUUGGUAUUCAAUAAUUGUUACAGAGAUGAUAUUCUUAAUUCUCUGACGGAUUAUGAACGGGAAAAGUUUGACAAUUAUUCCAUAAUAAAUCACUUGCGCUUCCCUCAUUUAGAUAUCAAAAGGAAGUGUCCUGGUUUAUUUUGGAUUAAAGAAUCUAAAGCGGUAUCAAAGCAGAAACAAGCUUUGUUGGCUAAAAAACUUAAGGUGAAGUAA